AUGCUUGAGUCAUACAUCUCUCCCUUUCUCCUUGGCUAUGUGGAUAAGUACAUCAAGAAUCUUAAGCCGGAGGACCUCCAGCUGUCUCUUUGGGGUGGUGACCUGGUGCUGAAUAAACUGGAUCUACGACUUGAGGUCUUGGAGCAAGAGCUUAACCUCCCUUUGACGUUUGUCAGCGGACACAUCCACGAGUUACGCAUUCAUGUGCCAUGGACUCGGUUGGGCUAUGAACCUGUUGUCAUCACAAUUAACACAAUCGAAUGUGCGGUAAAACUUCGCGAUGCAGGUUACGAUGAGCAUGACAGCACCUCCUCAAAAUCAAGCCUGGUGAGUAAGACGGAGGCUGCAAGUAAGGCAAAGCAGAAGUACGAGAAACAGGAUCGAGAUUUACCUCCUGGUUAUGUGCAGUCUCUGAUGAACAGGGUCAUUAAUAACGUAACGCUGGUCGUCAAAAACCUGGUUUUGAAGUAUGUCGAGGAUGACAUCGUCCUGUCAGUGAAUGUCAAGUCUGCCGAGUCUUUUGCCGUCAACACCGACUGGCAGUCAGCCUUCACCGAGCUGAGCCUACCAGAACUGGUACUGAGAAGAGUGUGUGAGUUUUCCGACAUUACAGUCUGCUUGGAUAAGAGGAAUGCCAGCGGAAAGAUUGAGAUUUACCAGGAGCCGAUGGUGUAUCGAUGUGCUGUGUCGCUGCGCAUGCUUAUGACGUACGCCAGCCUGAAUGCUAAGAGACCGUCUGUCAUCAAGAUGAAUGUUUACUGUGAGGAGCUGGACAUGUCUGUGUCAGACACACAGCUGCCGAUGUUCCUUCGACUACUCCAGCUACUCCUAGCAUUGUAUUACGGGACACUGGAUCAAGGGAGCAAGUCGGGAGAGUCAGGGGACCAGACCGCAACAGAGGAGGUUGUCAAAAGAGACACAAAAACAGACUCUUCCCAGGCCGAAGAUUCCAGCUCUGAGGGUUGGGCAUCAUGGGCAUGGUCCUACGUCCCAGAUCUCUUGUACUAUGAGGAGGAGGAAGAUGGAAUGAGUGGAUCCAAACGGAGAGAAAAACGGCCCGACCCAAUACUGGCUGUCGGUCUGUAUUGCAACAGAGGGCGUAUCACCUUCAAGCUGACCAGAGAAAUCUCGAGAGACCAUCCGGUCUACUCCACCCCCUCUGCCAAGUUGGAAACCUACCCACUACUCAAGAUGGAACUGAACGGAUCAGCCAUUGAAGUGUUAAUGAAGGGGGAGGAAUUCUUUGUACAUCAGAUGGGUUUCAGUUAUAUCACCGCAUCGGUGAUGGGGGACUGUGUGUGUGGGAUGGUCGCUGAUGAAGAUGACCAAAGAAUGCUUGACCAGGGUCCUCUCUUCUUACACUGCGGCUCUCCUGACUACAACCAGAAGCAAACAAACUACCUCACCAACUCCCUGUUUGACGGGAACUGUCCAGAGAACAGACAGCAGAGGGCAUCCUUCAUUCUGGACUGGGACACUCACCAGGAUACGUUCAGUGAGGCAUUAGCCACGCAGAGGUUUGGUGCGGUCUGGACAGACUACCUCUUUGUAGCUGAGCUGACGGGGAACAAAAACGAGGUUGUAGAUGAAAAUCGACCUUCAGCCACUCCAGAGCAGGUCACAACUCUUGAAGAGUGGGUUCCCUCCCGAAUGACCCAUCUGACCCUACUCAACCUACAGAUACUGUUCCCAUCAGCUCAACAUCCUUACUAUAGCUCAUCCAAGAACAAGUCGGCAUCUAGACUGGUCACAAGCUUCCAGGAAACUGGUUGUGUUCCAACAUUGUGCCUUCAAACUGACCGAAUUGACUUCCAGCGUUCCGAGCCCAUGUAUGGGAGGAGACUCAUUAAGCCUGUCAGUAAAUUACUGAUCAACAAUCGUAGCUCCAAACUCAUGUACCACUGCUAUACACAUAGCUACUACAAGAUAUUUGGCUGCCAGUUUGGCUUGACUUUCAUUGACCCCAGCAGUGACCUUUCACCUCCCAUUCUUCCCAUCAUGCCCUCUUGGAGUGCAGCCCUUUAUCACAAGGAAUUGGUACUUCCCAUGUACUGGAAAGAGAAAAGCCUUGCUCAUUCAGAGCUGAUGCUGGAGCUUCCCAGUUUUUCCUGCAAUGCCACCAAAGCCCAGUGUUUGUUGAUGCUACAUAUCUGCAACAGCUGGACCAGCAAGCAGCCAGAGAUAGAGGCGGCUAGACUCUCUGGAACUAGCCUAGUGGAGGACGUCUUUAAGCCUUCUGGUACGUAUAAGGAUGACCGGGCUGUGUCUGAUAAAUAA